AUGCUGAUAGCUGCAUUAUUUAUAUCAGCGCUUGUGUCACCAACUUUGGCAGUUUUCGAGUGCUCCUCGCACGAAACAACCGCUUUCGUAAGAAUCGCGCGUGCUCGACUUGACGGAACUCCAGUUGUUAUCUCAACCGCCGGACACGAUUUAACAUGCGCUCAAUAUUGCCGUAACAACAUCGAACCAACCACCGGAGCUCAACGAGUUUGCGCUAGUUUCAAUUUCGAUGGACGAGAGACUUGCUAUUUCUUCGAUGAUGCGGCUGCUCCAGCAGGAACAUCGCAAUUGACAGCGAAUCCAUCGGCGAAUAAUUUCUACUAUGAGAAGACUUGCAUUCCAAAUGUUUCAGCUCACGAGGCUUGCACUUACCGAAGUUUCUCAUUUGAAAGAACUAGAAACACCCAAUUGGAAGGAUUCAUCAAGAAAACUGUCAAAACCGAAAACCGCGAAGCCUGUCUCUCAGUCUGCCUUAAAGAGAAAGACUUUGUUUGUAAAUCAGUCAACUUCCAUUAUGCUGACAAUUCCUGCGAACUCAACGUCGAAGAUCGUCGCUCGAAACCAACCCACGUGAAAAUGGCUGAAGGCGUGGAUUAUUAUGAUAAUAAUUGUCUUUCACGUCAAAAUCGUUGUGGACCAUCGGGUGGAAAUUUGGUUUUCGUCAAGACUACCAACUUCGAAAUUCGCUAUUAUGAUCAUACACAAUCUGUUGAAGCACAAGAAUCCUACUGUCUUCAGAAAUGUCUCGACUCAUUGAACACAUUCUGCCGGUAUGUUGUUUGUUCCGACCGGUUUUGUAUUUGAAACAUUUUACAGCUCCGUCGAAUUCAAUCCAAAAGAGAAGAAUUGUAUUGUCUCGGAUGAGGACACUUUCUCGCGCGCUGAUCAACAAGGACAAGUUGUUGGCAAAGAUUACUAUGAACCAAUCUGUGUUGCUGGUGAGUUAGCGCAACUCCUUAGGGAGAUUUGAAUUGAAUUGUUUCCAGCCGAUCUUUCCUCUUCAACCUGCCGUCAACAAGCCGCUUUCGAAAGAUUUAUUGGAUCUUCGAUUGAAGGAGAAGUUGUCGCCUCGGCUCAAGGUGUUACCAUCUCGGAUUGUAUCUCAUUGUGCUUCCAGGUGAGUAAUCUGGGGACGAAGUUGUGGAAUUUGAGCUCUUCAGAUCUUGCUGAACUGCCUCAAGAUCACAAAUCAGAGCUUUUGACAAAAACAUCCACGAUCAUUUACUCCAGUUGCCCCUCGGGUCAGACGAGAGACGACGGGAGUCUGAUGACGUCAUCUAAGACAGAGAAAGAGAUAUUUUUGAGAAAAUAUGUGUCCCUUUGAAAAAAUACCGUAUUUUGUUUCAAGGAACACAUGUUUUAUUGAAAAUAUCUCGCAGCGAAAUCCACUUUCGGGAUAGUUUUGCAAAAUACUUUCGUCGUCUCGCGUCUGACUCAACGGGCGCCUUGUAUGGUCGUGGCAUCUAUUAUCGAAAAUCUCAUCGGUACCACGCGCUCCACCGAAAUAAACACACAACGCAGACCGCUCCGCGCCACAACACACACAAAUAAGGGAACGAUUCAAAUUCCCUCCCUUUUUUGUGUGUGUGUUGUGACGCGGCGCGGUCUGCGUUGCGUGUUUAUUUCGGUGGAGCGCGUGGUCCGAUGAGAUUUGCGAUAAUAGUUUAAAUGAUCUGUAGAUGUUUUUGUCAAAAGCUCUGAUUUGUGAUCUUGAGGCAGUUCUAAAAGGUUCGAGCAAGAUCUGAAGUUUCAUCAGAGCUCAAAAAUUGCACACUUCUGCAAAACCCUGUAACCUUCCAGAACCUCAACUGCAAAUCAAUCAACUACGAUCGCACCGCCUCCUCAUGCUUCAUCUACGCCGUCGGUCGUUCCGAUGCCAACAUCAAAGCCAAUCCAUCAAUGGACUAUUACGAAUUCAACUGUGAAUCGCAAUUCGGAGGAAUGGCUCUCUGCACCAACGAAGGAAUCCGUUUCAUUGUCAACACAAAAGAGCCCUAUACCGGAGCAAUUUAUGCGGCAGAAAGAUUCUCGACAUGUUCACAAGUCGUCGAAAACGCCAAACAAAUCUCCAUCACCUUCCCUCCACCAACAGUCACUUCUGAUUGUGGAACUGUUAUUCGUGACGGUAAAAUGGAAGCCUUGGUUGUUGUCUCUUUGGAUGGUGUUCUUCCACAUCAAGUCACCACUGAAUGGGAUCGUUUCUACCGAGUUUCCUGCGAUGUUAGUAUGGAUAAGAUGGUUAAGGAAGGAUCAGUUGUUGUCACAACAAUCUUCGAAGCUUCUUCACAAAACACAACUGUUUUGGAUGUUGCAACUCCACCUCCAGUUUCGGCUGAACUUCAAAUCUUGAAUCAAUUGGAAGAGCCACUUCACAAAGCUUCAAUCGGAGAUCCACUUCUUCUUGUUAUCACUUCUGAACAAGCUGGUCCACAUAAUAUGAUGGUUACUGAAUGUACUGCUACACGUGUUGGUGGAUAUGGAGACAGUGUUCCAUUUACACUUAUUGAAAAUGGAUGUCCAAGAUAUCCAGCUUUGGUUGGACCAGUUGAACAAGAUUUCGAUAAGAAUCGAUUGAAAUCGGAUUUGAGAGCUUUCAGACUUGAUGGAUCUUAUGAUGUUCAAAUUAUCUGCUCAGUUAUGUUCUGCGCUGGACCAAAUGGAUGCCCAGUGGUGAGUUGUGGAUUUUGUUGAAUAUUUUCCCCAAAAAAAUUUUUUUUUCAGUCAAACUGUUUGGACUCUGGAACCAACGAACUUUUCAUGUCACACGGAAGAAAGAAGAGAUCCGUCGAAUUCGAAAAUGACGGCGAAGAAACACUUUCGGCUGUUAUUCGAGUUUUCGCGGAGGGAGAAGAGGAUGAGAAGAGUGAGAUGCAAAAUAUGACUAACAGGUGAGGAAGGAACUAGAAAAUGGAGAAAAUACUGAAAAAAGGUUUUGAAAAUUUCGAAUCAACACUGAAAAUUCAAAACUUUUGGAAAAUAUCCAAAAAAAUUUUUCUGAAAAUUUUAUUUUUGAAAAUUCUAGAAUACAUUCGCCUGAAAUUUCCUGGAAAAUUCAAAAAAUCAAGAUUCUGUGAUUCAAAUUUAACUUCAAACUAUCGGAAAAUAUAUUUAUUUUUUUUUUUUAGAAAAUACUGAAAAAAGGUUUUGAAAAUUUCAAAUCAACACUGAAAAUCAAGAAAAAUUCCAAGAUUUAUUAAUGUUUUUUUGAGAAUUCUAGAAUUUCAGCUUAAAUUUUAGAAUGUUCUGAAAAAAAUCCAGUUUGAAAAUUCCGAUUCGAAUUUCAAGCUUCAUCCAAAAAAUUAAAUAUAUUUUUUCGGUAAAGUUUCUGAAGUUCGGGAAUUUUUAAAAUUCUGGAUUUGAAGUCUUGAAAUGUUCAAAUCAACACUGAAAAUCAAGAAAAAUUCCAAGAUUAAUUAAUUUUUUUUUGAAAAUUCUAGAAUUGCAGCUUGAAUUUCAGAAUGUUCUGAAAAAUUAUAGCCUGAAAAUUCCGAUUCAGUUCAGGAAACAUUCAAAAUUCUGGAUUUGAAGUCUUGAAAAUUUCAAAUCAAUAAUGAAGAUCAGGAAAAAUUCCAAGAUUUAUUUUUUUUUGAAAAUUCUGAAAAAAGCCUGAAAUUUCGAAUUUCGAGCUUCAUCCAAAAUCAUCCGAAAAAUUAGUUUCAAGUUCAGAAAACUCUGGAUUUUCAGUUUGAGAUUCACCAAAACCAAAAAAUCUCCCAAAAUUUCCAGCAUCACCUCAUCCGAAUCCAGCCACGAUCUCGUGUGCCUUUCGGAAAUCUGGUUCGUCAGUUCAGUCGUCACAAUUUCAUUGGUUUGUCUUCUCCUCUCAGCUCUUAUUGUCGUUUGGGGUUGUCAUAAUAUUCAUGCUCAACCAGUCAAGAACAUGGCUUAA